AUGCUGCGGUACUCGGUUCUAUUCCUAUUGGCUGCUACUUCAACGAUUCUUGUAAACGGUGAGCAAUGCCAAAACGGAGGUACUCCAAUCAACGCAACGUCUUGUCAGUGUCCAGCGUUUAUCGCUGGGGCCAACUGUGAAACUGUUAAAUGCCAAAGAUGGGGGAUUCCAGACAAGAACAGAUGUGUUUGUGCACCUGGUUGGUAUGACAAGUAUUGUGGAAUCCGUGGAUGUAGACCUCCAAAUGAAGGAAAUCUUGAUAACUCGAAGAGAUCUAUAAUUGUCGUUUUCAAUACAAAAACCUCCAUGGCUGCACAAUUGGCUAGUUUGAGAGCAAAUUUUAAGACCAUGGUGAACUCUAUUACCCAAAACUGGAACAACAAUAACCAAACGGAAAAUUGGAUUGCUAAUUAUAUGUUCUACGGUUUUGUGCAAGGAGCUCAGCAACUCACGAUUACUAAGAACUUCACGGAGAAUCUGGAGGACUUCUUGAGCUACUUGAGUACGGUACAGCUUACAGAUGGGUCUGAUUCCCAACCUGUGUUGGCGGCUGUGAAGAAUUCUCAGCAAACGUUUCCGCUGAUGAAAUCACAUUCCAUCGUUCUUGUCUUCACGGAUAGCCCCGCAUCGGAUGCCAUGGCUUGGUCACAUAGAUUCGAAGAUAAAAACCUGGAGCAAUUGUGUCUCCAGAUUUCAUUUUUAUGGAGAUCCAAAGUCACUUUCCUUCUGUCCUUCCCAGAGAAAACUGACUUCACUGAGGACGGUGUAGACGUUUAUCGUCGUCUUUCUAUGUCAACUCAUGGAGAUUAUAUCAUUGUGAAAAGUGCCGAUGAGACAUCAGAGGUUCAGCUCACAGCGAUUUAUAUCUCUAAAAAAAUGUUUUGCUUUCAGAUACUGAGAAAGGUUAUCUCAACAUCAUUCUUCCCCGAAAACGUUGGAGUUGGAUUUGAGUUGGAAGUGGGAACAUCUAUUAAUCCGACACCAGACAACGACGGCGAUUGGGUGUUCACAUUGCUAACUACAGCAAUGGGAGAUACAAAAGAUCUUCCCGAUAUCCAAGGUACCAUCGUGAUCAGUCAAGGAAGUGGUUACAAGUUGGUAGCUGGUCGAAACAUGAAGUUCGUGACUAUAACUUCUGCCAAUGGAAAGUACAACUACCGAACCUAUCUUCAAUCUAAAAACACUCUUCUCUUCGAUUAUAACAGUGACAUGAUGAUUGAUGUGGGUAACGGAAUUGUCCAUUUGGGUGUCACCAUGCACUCUACCAUUCGAACUUUUGGUUUUCCUGAUUACCUAAGCAUGUCAUACCACGUCGUUCAGUGGAACGAAAAACUAGUUAGAGAAGCAUUCAUAGCGUUUAGAAGACCACAGGAAGACUGUACUUUUGAAUGGGCAUUCAAUCCAUGGGUGAACACAGACGAUUGUCCACCUGGACCAAUUAUGCAAGUGCAUUUGCUGAACUACAAUGGCUACUACAAAGGACGAGUGACUCCUGGAUAUUGUGAUCAGAUUGCUCACUAUUCUCCACAAGUUCAAGGAUUCGUCAUCCCAGAAAACCAAAACGUAAUGGUUCGUGAAAAGACUCGAGCCAUUACUCCAGUUGAAUCCUGUUCGAUUAAUAACAUUGAUGUCAUCAAUGAUCCACGUCUUGAUUCUCCGAACCAAUUCAUUUUCAUCUUGGAACAACACAUAGGAAACCUAAAAGUGUAUCAGACGCUUGCAGCUGAAAUUGAAAAAAUUGUGAAUCUUGUGAAUCCAGUAACCGAGAACUCAUACCAAAAAGAAUUCACUCUGAUUGUGUUCAAUGAUGUCAACUCACGAGUAUUGUUCAGUUCAUACAACCCCAAUAAUUUCAUCAAAAAGUUCAUGGAAGUGAUUCCACAGUUGGAAUAUUCCAAUUCAUUGCAAAGCUCUCUUGGACUUCUUUCGAUCGUCCAGGCUCAGAAGCAGAAUAUCAAACCAACAUCACAAGUUUUCUAUUUCACAAAUCAAGCAACGACGACAGUAGCUCAAAUUGAUAGAGGAUGGGAUAUCAUUGAUAGAAACAUUGAGUUCAACUUCUUCACACUUGCUGAUGGAGUUACAACUGAAAUUUUCUCCCUUCCUAAACCAUUAGAAUUGGUUCAAAAAAUGAGCAAUGGCCGUAUAAUCCCGUUGAGUGGAAGCGAGAAUACGGUAACUUUUAUUUUCGAGUUGGUUAACCUAUUCGCUGACAUCAUGUCGACAAAUGCGCUUACGACUGAUAACGAGAACUACGACUGUCAAUCAUCUCCAUAUAAGUUGGAUGCCUUUGUGGAGAAAAACGUUGAUGCUACCGUAUUUCAAAUGGUGGGAACCGGAUUGAAAAACAUCAAAAUUUUGGAUGCAGAUGGGAAAACUGUUCCAGUUGAUGCCAACGCUCAUUUUCAGAAUGCAAACUUCAAAUCUCUUGACAUUGAUAUUUCCAAGUAUACUCCUGGAAAAUGGACAGUCUCAAUUUCGACGUCGAGAGGCGGAUGUCAGUUGACAGUUAGACACAAGUCCAGAAACGGAGUAGUAUACGGAUUCACGGAUAAAAGCGAUGCAGACAUCGUCAACACUCAGAUUCCACUUCAGAGAUCUGCUCUUCCAACAAACGAACCAAUCUACAUUCCAAUUCGAAUCAUACAGGGUACUCAGCAAUUGGCUAAGCUCACAUCAAAUCUCGAAAUUCAAUUGGUGAAUAGAGCACGAUAUGAUCAACCAACGAGCUACCAAAAUACUUCGGUACUUCAACGGGAUUCUGCCACGUGUUCCUUCAACUACAUAACUCCAAAAGUGACGAUUCCAAGAAACGAUCUGACAACAUUUACCCUCACCAGCUAUGAUGACACAAAUAGUUUAAUUCUUCGGCGAAUUUUCUAUUACUAUCAACACUCCCCAGCAGAUCCUUCUGUUUGCCAUGGCGGUCAAGUGGAUAAAUACGGUCAGUGUAUCUGCCCAGAACGAUACACUGGGGAGUACUGCUGGGAUAGGAUAUGUGCUUCUGGGGCCACAUUGUCACAUGGAAUCUGUAGUUGCUCUUCUGGAUUCUAUGGAGACUUUUGUGAACUGGAACUAUUGAUGCCGAAUGCUACGACGGCUUCAACAGCGGGGCCUUUAGAAACAACAACAAAAACUGGGUCAUCUUUUUUCCCGGGUUUCUUUUUGGUUAUUAUAGCUAUUGUUUCUUUUUAUUUUUAA